AUGAACGAGAUUCCGGACGACUUGACUGUGUUGUUGCGACCUUUUGGCCACCCGCUGGUCGAGAGCGACUUCGCGGGCGCGCGCACCGCCGGCGACGUGCGGGCCCGCGCCGCCGCCAGGCUGUCGUCGCCCCCCGGGCGCGUGGAGCUGGUCACGCGGGGCAGGCUCGUCGACGUCUGCUUCGUGGACGAGAUCGAGGAGAUACCGCCCUACGGAGCCCGCCGGAUUCUGGAGAUCAAGCAGCUGUACCUCCCCAGUCUGAAGCUCGGGACGCUGCCCGACAGCAUCGGCCAGCUGGGCGCCGCGCGGGAUCUUUGCCUCGGCUCGAACCACCUCCUUGGGCUGCCCGAGAGCUUCGGGAAGCUGCAGGCCCUGGAGCGCCUCUGGCUCCACUCCAACAGGCUGUGCUCGCUGCCGCAGAGCUUCGGCCAGCUGCCGAGGCUGCAGGAGCUGCACCUGCAGGACAACAGGCUGCGGGCUCUGCCAGACGCUCGAGAGACGAGGGCCUCCAAGAGGCUCCAGAUCUCGUGGAGCGUGCUCUGA